UAGUGCACAGCCAGGCAGCUGCCUUGUACCAUUUAUUGUUGAAGCAUUUCGUUUCUUUACUCCACAACCCCCAGUUGAAAAUAUCUGUGCCACGGUUGCAAAUUUUGAGGGGACUUGUACAAUUGUACUGAAUAAGAUGAGGCAGCUGGUGAGGGUAUCGACUGAGAAAGAGAUGCAUGAAUUAGAGCUCAGUGCACCAAAUUUCAUGGGAGGCUGGGAGGGUGAUGAAACUGUUGAGGAGGCAGCAGCAAGGGAAGCUACAGAAGAAGCUGGAGUUCGAGGGGUCUUAAUGGGAUUUCUUGGGUAUUACCACUUCAAGAGCAAAACCCGUCAAGAUGAAUGUAGCCCAGAAGGUGUCUGUAAAGCAGCAAUGUUUUCUUUGCUCGUCAAGGAAGAGCUUGAAUCGUGGCCAGAACAGAACACUAGAAGAAGAAAUUGGCUAGCCAUACCUAAAGCAGUAGAGUGUUGUCGACAUCCAUGGAUGAGAGAUGCACUAGUAGAAGGCUUCUCUAAGUGGCAUGAUGAGAAGAUAGAUAGAGGAAAAGAGUUCUCGGAUCAAGAUUAA